CACGUUGGCGGGAAUUUCAAGCUACGGGAAUAUAAUGUGUGGAAAAACUGGUGGCCUUCCUGGGUUGUUUCCUCGGCUGGUGUUCUUCAUCUUCGUCACUCUGUCCCCCCUCCCAAUGAUCGAUCGUUUUUCGACCGAGGACGGCAAUUUCCAGCAUCGCCAUGGCACCAAGAGCUCCUGCCGGAUCAUCGCCAUCGCUGUCUUGCACUUCUUCUUCUUCUCCCUCGGCUUCUUGCACUUGUUGCAAUGAAUCCCAGCUGCGGCGAGGUCCCUGGACGUUGGAGGAGGAUGCGCUGCUCCUGCGCCACAUGAAAUUGUAUGGGGAUCGAGGGAAUUGGCGAAAGGUCCCCAAGGCGGCAGGCCUGCUGCGGUGUGGAAAGAGCUGCCGCCUACGAUGGCUCAACUAUCUCCGCCCGGAUCUCAAGAGGGGAAGUUUCUCAGAGGACGAAGACGCACUGAUAAUCAAGCUGCAUUCGCUACUUGGCAACAGAUGGUCUAUCAUCGCGGGUAGAAUCCCUGGCCGCAGCGACAAUGAGAUUAAAAACUACUGGAACUUCCAUCUCGGGAAGAAGCUGCUCAAGCUGGGCAUCAAUCCAAAGACCCACAAGCCACUGGCCAACAGCCCAAUGGCCGAGCCGACAUCCAAGUCGAGAUCCUCCAAGUUUUGCCACAGCCUCUCCUUCUCCUCGAUUUCCUCCGCGCUCACGGACGAUGGCAGCGCCAACGAGUUUAAAUCCCCCAUCUCCAAGUCGAGCUCGUCCGAUUGCUCGCGUCCGAUAGAUUCCAGGAACAAGCAUGACUUAAAGCAUGAUCCCACGAGUAGUAGUACAAGGGUUUCAGGGAAAGACCAUCCUAGAGAAACUCACAUCACGGAUCACCAAGAUUACCUCGGAUCCGCAACAUCGAUAGACACCUCAGAAGAAUCAAGCAUCGAAAUCAGUGACGACCAAAUGGUUCCCGGACAACACCAUGACCACUUCUUCGCGAAUGCCGCUCACGAGUUGGAGCUCCAAAGCCAGAUGAUAAUGUUUGGGAUGGAUCAAGUCUCGUCGCUGUGGCUGCCGCCCAGCGUUGAUUAUUCCGAGCCUGGAUCCCACGCUCCAGAAGGAGACAAUGGAAUCAUCUUUGGCAGCGAGUCUUUUUAUGUACGCUAAGACAAAAGAGAGAAAAGAAAGAAGUGAUCCCAAGGAGAUUUAGUCCAGUAUUCAAAGUCGGGCGGAUUUUCUUGACCCAUAAUUCAAGUGAUUUCUCUCUGGA